GUUGUUACCACAGCAGGCGGGCGGGGCUCGGGGGCGUAGCAUGCCGGCGCACGAGGCCCCUGUUUGCAAAGAGCGCCCGGUCGGGGUAGUGGUGAGCGGCGCGGAGGCUGCGGUUAGUCGAGCGCCGGUACCGGUCCGCACGGGCAGCGUGCUGUUUGCAGCAGGCGACCAGUCGUUUGGUCGGCUGUCUGACCACAAACUGCUGACCACUAACUGCUGACCGCUGACCACUGACUGCUGACCACGGACUGCUGACUGCUGAUAGCCAGCCUGCUGAGCGGCUCACCUCAGCCUUCAGAGAGAAGACCGCCCACCAGGGACACUGCCAGAGAGCGUCAAACCGGUACCGGUCUCCAAGAUGGCGACGCCCACGGCGGCGGCCGGCUCGGCGGAGCACCUGGGUAUCAACGUGGAGGAGCUGAUCACACGGUUCUCGGCGCUCGACUACGCCGUGUUCGGCAUGCUGCUGGCGCUGUCACUGGCCAUCGGCGUCUACUUCGGCCUGUGCAAACGCCAUGAGAUGACGGACGCCGCCGGCUACCUGCUGGGAGGACGGAACAUGGGCGUGCUGCCCGCUGCCAUGUCACUCAUAGCCAGUUUCAUGUCGGCCAUCACGCUGCUCGGCACGCCGGCCGAGGUGUACCAGUACGGCACGCAGUACAUCGUCAUCGGCUUCUCCUACCUACUGGUGAUGCCGGCCGCCGCCUACCUCUACAUGCCUGUCUUCUUUGACCUCCAGCUGAUCUCGGUGUAUGAGUAUCUCGAAAGACGAUUCCAUCGUAUGGUUAGAACCCUGGGUGCGAUUCUCUUCUGCAUACAAAUGAGUAUUUACAUGGCAAUCGUUGUGUACGCUCCAUCGCUGGCCCUGGCACAAGUGACGGGAGUGAGCGUCUACCUCUCCGUAUGUCUCAUCUUCUUCGUCUGCAUUUUCUACACGGCGCUGGGCGGGAUGAAGGCAGUGCUCUGGACCGAUACCAUCCAGAUGAUCAUCAUGUUCGGCGCCAUGCUGGCCAUCAUCAUCAAGGGCUCGCUCGACGUCGGAGGGUUCGGCAGCGUCUGGCACGCAGCCGACGAGGGCGGACGUCUCGAGUUCCUCAACUUUGACCCCAGCCCGGGGGUGCGUCACACGGUGUGGACGCUGGUCGUGGGAGGCUACUUUACCUGGAUCACCAUCUACGGUGUGAACCAGGCUCAGGUGCAGCGCUACCUCUGCGUGCCCACCAAGCGAAAGGCAGCGCACGCCAUCUGGAUCAACCUGCUCGGCCUGCUGUUCCUGCUGAUCGUCUGCAGUUACGCCGGGCUGGUGAUUUACGCCAAGUACCGCACGUGUGACCCUCUCACUUCUGGCUCCGUGUCGACCUCCGACCAGCUGUUUCCGCUGUUUGUGAUGGACACGAUGGGAGAGAUCCCCGGCGUACCGGGACUGUUUGUGGCCGGAAUAUUCAGCGGCGCCCUCAGCACUGUGAGCUCGGGAAUCAACUCACUGGCAGCCAUCACUCUGGAGGACUUCAUCAUCCCCAACAGGAAGGAGCCCCUCUCACACGAGCGGCAGGCACUCAUCACCCAGGUUCUGGCCGUCGUCUUCGGAAUUCUGGGAUUCGUCCUGGUCUUCGUAGCCGAACAGCUUGGAGACAUUCUACAGGCAGCGCUCAGUCUAUACGGAAUGGUGGGAGGUCCUCUUCUCGGACUUUUCACCCUUGGAAUGUUCUUCCCCUGGGCUAAUUAUAAGGGCGCCAUGUCGGGAGUCUUCUCCGGGCUGUUCGUCAUCUUCUGGAUAGGAGUCGGGUUCCAGGUGGAGAAGGCGUUCGGCAGGAUCCACAUCCCGAAGCUGCCCACCUCCAUCGACGGCUGUCCGCGGUAUAACAGCACUGAGGAGGACGUGCUGGGCCUGGGGACCACGCCGGUGCCGGGCCUGACGACCACAGAGGAGCCGGAGCUGGAACACGCUGCCGGGCCGUACUACAUGUCGUACAUGUGGUACUCGACGGUAGCCUCUACCGUGGUGGUGGUGGUGGGCAUGCUGGUUAGCCUCGCCACGGGAGCGCAGGACCCUCGUCGGCUCGACCCUCGCCUCAUCAUCCCGCUCGGUGACAAGUUCAAGUUCCUGCCGCAGCGCUGGAGGAAUUUCCUCAACUUCGAUGUCGGCAUCAAUUACGAGUCGCCAAAGGCCGAGGACCUGGACUCGGCGUUCGCCCACCUGCCCACCACUCCGUCCACCUUCCCAUUGGUGGAGGUAGUCAAACGGCCCGCGGUCAGCGUGGAUCUGAACGGAGACACAGACAACGGCUGGCAAGAGUGAUAAAACUAUUGAGCUGGAGACCAACGGUACAGCAGACGUUGGCCUCGAUAACCCAGCAGUGGAAGUCGACUGAAACAGAACUGUUUGUGAUGUGAGAGUGGCAAUUGUAGUUCAAUAGAUUGAUACAUAAGACAAGAAGGUGAAAACUGAUGUACUGCAUGAUAAUGCACCGUGCAUCAUCUGCAUGCUGCAGAGAAAGUUGUGUAUCACAUAGACAAUGAUGUACCGCUUAUGUAGCGUGUCGUUUCGUAGAAUACCUGGCUUGGUGAUGUUGACUUGUCGGGAUUGCGUUUUGUUUUUGUCAAGCAGUGAAUUUGGAAGUGUUCUGCUCAAAAGGAAAUGCCAAUUACGGCUUUGAUUGAUGUCUGUGUCGUGAAAUGCUCACUUUAUCAACUAAGCUGUUUGCGUAUUAUGCAAUCAAUUAUCUUUGAUGAAUUGGAUGUGAGUGUGAAUUGUAUAGGCAUCCAACCCUUGUUAUAACGGUAGCUUGAUGGGUGGUGACUUGUUGAUACUUGAUAGAUAUUUACUGCGAUAGCUUCAGGAAUUGUGAGCUUCGGAAUUAGUUUCGGCAUCAGAAUCACGUGUGCUACAGCCAUUUCUAUGGUUUAUUAGAGUGGUGCGGUACAAAUAAAUUGUACAUUGUACAGCCAAUUUUA